CCCUCUGGGUCACGUGCGAAACGAGAUCGUAGAGGGGUGGGGAAGAAGUGACUUGUGGGAUGCGAAGUAGCCGGCAGCAAGAGAAACAGAAGGGGAGAGUGAUUCAUAUACAGAGCAACAUAACAGAGAGGGAGGAGCAGGAAAGUAAUCGAGAAGAGUAUUGCAUUAACUGGUGGUACUGUAAAUUUAGCACCGGAUAUCAAGAUUUGCGCACACAGACAGCAGAGAUUUAGCGGAAGGAAAAGUUCAGAUCCCACGAGUCAGCGCGUGGGAGUGGGAAGCAGGAUCGUGACUGACUGAGGCAAGCGCCACUGUCUGUCUCGUCAUGGCAGGACCUGGAGGUGACAUGCAGUGGUGCUUCUCUCAGGUGAAAGGAGCAAUCGAUGAUGAUGUAGCUGAAGCGGACAUCAUAUCCACAGUUGAGUUUAACCACACAGGGGAGCUGCUGGCCACAGGAGACAAGGGGGGGCGUGUAGUCAUAUUCCAGCAGGAAAUAGAGAAUAAGAAUCACCCUCAGUUCCGGAGCGAAUACAAUGUUUAUAGCACUUUCCAGAGCCAUGAGCCUGAGUUUGACUACUUGAAAAGUUUGGAGAUAGAAGAAAAGAUCAACAAGAUUCGCUGGCUUCCUCAGAAGAAUGCUGCUCAGUUCCUCUUGUCAACGAACGAUAAGACAAUUAAGUUGUGGAAAAUCAGUGAACGAGACAAGAGACCAGAGGGCUAUAAUCUCAAAGAGGAGGAUGGACGCUACAAAGACCCCAACACUAUCACAUCAUUGCGGGUACCAGUUUUAAUACCCAUGGACCUCAUGGUGGAAGCCAGUCCCCGGAGGGUGUUCGCCAAUGCUCACACCUACCAUAUCAACUCUAUCUCAGUCAAUAGUGACAAUGAGACUUACCUGUCUGCAGACGACCUCCGCAUCAACCUCUGGCACCUCGAGAUCACCGACCGCAGCUUCAAUAUUGUUGACAUUAAACCAGCCAACAUGGAGGAGCUAACAGAGGUGAUCACAGCAGCAGAGUUUCACCCUCAUCAGUGUAAUACCUUUGUCUACAGCAGCAGCAAAGGAACCAUCCGUCUGUGUGACAUGAGGGUUUCAGCACUAUGUGACAAGCACUCCAAAUUGUUUGAGGAGCCAGAAGAUCCCAGUAAUCGCUCCUUCUUCUCUGAGAUCAUAUCCUCCAUCUCAGAUGUAAAGUUUAGCCACAACGGACGCUACAUGAUGACCAGAGACUACUUGUCAAUGAAGAUUUGGGACCUAAACAUGGAGAACAGGCCAGUGGAGACCUAUCAGGUUCAUGAGUACCUGAGGAGCAAGCUGUGCUCGCUCUACGAGAACGACUGUAUCUUUGACAAGUUUGAAUGCUGCUGGAAUGGCAAUGACAGUGUGGUGAUGACUGGCUCAUAUAACAACUUCUUCCGGAUAUUUGACCGUGGCCAUAGGCGGGAUGUAACCUUGGAAGCAUCCCGAGAAAACAGUAAGCCCAUGCAAGUGCUAAAGCCUCGCAAGGUGUGUGCAGGCGGCAAGCGCAAGAAGGAUGAAAUCAGCGUGGACAGUUUGGACUUCAACAAGAAGAUCCUUCACACUGCCUGGCAUCCCCAGGACAACAUCAUCACAGUGGCGACGACCAACAAUCUCUACAUAUUCCAGGACAAAGUGAACUAAACGCUAGGUGAGCUUUCGUGACAUCUGGUGCAGGUGAAGUCAUGUGUACCACCUGCAGCCUUGCAGCUUCACCAAGGGUGGUCUGUGGUAACACAGCCAAUCAGCAUCCCUGUCCGUCGCUACUUGGUGACCAGACUUUUGCCACUUUGUUCUAAAUGUGGACAGAGGAAGCCUCACUCUUGCCCAUCAUCAGCCUGUCUGUGGCAGAGUGAUAUCUGCCUUGUUGUUUAAGUGAUGCUGUGCCAGUUUUUUGUUUCCGUUUGUUAUGUUUAUUUGCCAGCCCACUUACCCUUUUCUUCCCCUGGGGUAACAUAGGUAACCGUUUAAUUUACUUCAAAUUCUGAAUACAGACACUUAUUUUUAUAACUCCCCCACUCGAUGGAUUUGUGGUAGAAAAUUAUAAACAAUUAUUUAGAAUGUCCCCUUAUUGUCCUGUGCCACUGUAAUGUUUAUUUUUCUAAGAUUUUUUUUUUUGUGUGUGUAUACUGUACACAUUUUAUGGAUUCAUCUGUAUACUGUCAUAGUAUUACUUGAGUCUCUUCAUGUUUCUGCUCAUUAAAGAGUCACAAAAGUAUGCUCGCAGGAGUUUAAAAAGUGUGAAUUCACAGAUGAAAAGUCUGAGUCGUACUGCUCACCGUCGCUGUGCCUCAGGCUCCUACUGGCCCAAUAGGUCCAUACUCCAUUUUGGGUUGUUUUGUUUUUUUUAAAUUUGUUGUUUCACAUUCUUGACAUUUUUAUGCAUCGGUUCCUCAGCUUCCUAUUUUCUUCAACAACAGUCUGGUCUAAGAGAGAGCCUAUUCAAGGAUAAUAAUUUUGGUUAUCAUAUUUAUAUUAAAAAGGUUAGAAUGUCACCAGAUUUGUUCUGUUCUGUUUUGUGGAAUGACGCUUAAACAUAUCUUUUUGAGUGAUCCUAAGUAUUGUCUUCCCAUAGUGUACCACAGCUCUGAAGCAGUACUUUACAACUGGGGAAGCCUUUGAUUUGACACUGGAUUCUUAUUGCACCAACUGAAGUACUUGGAUGUCUGUGUUGUAAAACUGCAGUCUGAAAACCAUUUGAGGCAUUAAGUCACCAUUUAAACUUCUGCAGACAUUAUUACUGCUACUGUAUGUGAUGGUACAAAAAGCCGCACAAGUAUUUGCAGCAGUUGUCUCCACGUCAUAUUUAAAAUGUAGACAGUUCAGACUAUACUGAUGUCUCUCUAGUUAUAACUACAACUGUAAUCUAUGACAGUGAAGAUAAUAAAGGAACUACUUUUUGCA